UGGAAUAAAGAGUUUGUACAGCUAAUUAUUUUAGAACUUUUUGUCUGAGCUGUAAUUUCGUUCAGAAAAUGGGUCUUUUUGACAAGUUAGCAUAUUUUCUGGGCAUCAAAAAGAGAGAAGUAAACGUAUUGAUUGUAGGUUUGGAUAAUAGCGGGAAAACUACAAUUAUAAAUCAUUUCAAACCCGAAGAGCAGAAAUCGAUGGAAAUCGUCCCCACUGUUGGAUUUAAUGUUGAUCGUUUUCGCAUGAAAAACCUGAGUUUCACAGCAUUUGACAUGUCUGGGCAAGGCAGGUACAGAAAUUUAUGGGAACAUUACUAUCCGGAAGCUCAAGGAAUUAUUUUUGUUAUUGACAGUAGUGAUGCUUUACGGAUGGUUGUAGCAAAAGAUGAGUUAGAAAUGAUGCUGCAGCACAAAGACAUUAAAGAUAAAAGCAUUCCCGUCCUGUUUUUUGCCAAUAAAAUGGAUCUGAGAGAAGCGUUAUCUAGCGUAAAAGUAAGUCAAGCUUUGGGAUUGGAUCGUUUGAAGAAUAAACCGUGGCAUAUUUGUGCUAGUAAUGCUUUGACAGGUGAAGGUCUCAGUGAAGGAGUUGAAUGGUUAAGUGAUCAACUCCGCACUAAUGUUCAAACUAAGAAUUGA